UGCUGAUCCUGUCCACGGACAAUCCCCCCCGCACCCCCACCCCCUCCCAAGACCCGCCUUCCUCCCCUGAGCUUCCUUGUUCUCGCGGCUGGCACUGCCAUGGGGGGCUUCAUACCCCCGCCCUUGGAGGUCCCGAUGCCCUUCAAGUCCAGGAGCUCUUGAGCAAAUAUUUGGCGGUGCCUGGAGCCGAGACCGGUAGGGGGUGGUGGUGGUGGGGCUGGACCAAGGCUGCCCCGCCAGGCGCGGCCGCUUAGCUGAGCUGAGCUCAGGAAGGCGCCGCAGUCCCUGCCCAGCGCUGCCCGCUGGUGCUGCCCGCUGCCGCCCGCUGAGCUCGCUCCCGCAGGAUGACUCAGCCAGAGCCAGAGACCGUGGGCCCUGGGACACCUGGCUUCCCCGAGCAGGAGGAAGACGACCUUCACCGCACCUUGGGCGUGGAGCGGUUCGAGGAGAUUCUCCAGGAGGCCGGAUCCCGCGGAGGGGAGGAGCCCGGCCGCAGCUAUGGGGAGGAAGACUUUGAAUACCACCGGCAGUCUUCGCAUCACAUCCACCACCCACUGUCCACUCACCUGCCCCCUGAUGCCCGCCGGCGCAAGACCCCCCAGGGCCCAGGACGGAAGCCUCGGAGGCGCCCUGGAGCCACGCCCACCGGGGAAACCCCCACCAUUGAAGAGGGGGAGGAAGAUGAGGAUGAGACCAGUGAGGCUGAGGGGGCGCGGGUGCUCACACAGCCCUCCCCUACCUCCACGCCGUCUUCCGUGCAGUUCUUUCUCCAGGAGGACGAAGGUGCAGACCGAAAGGCAGAGAGGACCAGUCCAUCUCCCCCCGCAGAGCUCCCCCAGCAGGAGGUGGCACCCCCGGCCACCAAAAGGGCCCAGCCUGGAACUCUGGUGGAGGAAACAGUCCUGGUGGCCAGUGGCACAGCUGGGGGUGACGAUGGCGGUGCCUCAGGGCGCCCCCUGUCCAAAGGCCCGCCUGGGCACCGCAGCUACAAUCUUCAGGAGAGAAGGCGAAUCGGGAGCAUGACCGGGGUGGAGCAGGCGCUGCUGCCCCGGGUCCCCACUGAUGAGAGCGAAGCGCAGACGCUGGCUACAGCUGACCUUGAUCUCAUGAAGAGUCACCGGUUCGAGGAUGUCCCUGGGGUGCGGCGGCACUUGGUUCGAAAGAAUGCCAAAGGGUCCUCGCAGAGCUCCAGGGAAGGGCGAGAGCCUGGCCCCACGCCUCGAGCCCGGCCCCGGGCCCCCCACAAGCCUCAUGAGGUGUUUGUGGAGCUGAACGAAUUGCUGCUGGACAAAAACCAGGAGCCACAGUGGCGGGAGACGGCGCGCUGGAUCAAAUUUGAGGAGGAUGUGGAAGAGGAGACGGAGCGCUGGGGGAAGCCCCACGUGGCAUCGCUGUCCUUCCGAAGCCUCCUGGAGCUCCGACGGACCUUGGCCCAUGGGGCUGUGCUCCUGGAUCUGGACCAGCAGACCCUGCCCGGGGUGGCCCACCAGGUGGUGGAGCAGAUGGUUAUCUCCGACCAGAUCAAGGCUGAGGACAGAGCCAAUGUACUCCGGGCCCUGCUGCUGAAACACAGCCACCCGAGUGACGAGAAGGACUUCUCCUUCCCCCGCAACAUCUCAGCAGGCUCCCUGGGCUCCCUGCUGGGACAUCAUCACGCCCAGGGUGCCGAGAGUGACCCCCAUGUUACUGAACCGCUCAUUGGUGGGGUUCCCGAGACCCGGCUGGAGGUGGAGCGAGAGCGUGAGCUGCCUCCUCCGGCCCCUCCAGCGGGCAUCACCCGCUCCAAGUCCAAGCAUGAGUUGAAGCUGUUGGAGAAGAUCCCUGAGAAUGCUGAGGCCACUGUGGUCCUUGUGGGCUGCGUGGAGUUUCUCUCGCGCCCCACCAUGGCCUUUGUGCGUCUGCGGGAGGCUGUGGAGCUGGACGCAGUGCUGGAGGUGCCAGUGCCCGUGCGCUUCCUCUUCCUCUUGCUGGGCCCCAGCAGUGCCAACAUGGACUACCACGAGAUCGGCCGCUCCAUCUCCACCCUCAUGUCCGACAAGCAAUUCCAUGAGGCGGCCUACCUGGCGGACGAGCGGGAAGACUUGCUGACCGCCAUCAACGCCUUCCUGGACUGCAGCGUGGUGCUGCCGCCCUCAGAGGUGCAGGGCGAGGAGCUGCUGCGCUCUGUUGCCCACUUCCAGCGCCAGAUGCUUAAGAAGCGGGAGGAGCAGGGCCGGCUGCUGCCCCCAGGGGCCGGGCUGGAGCCCAAGUCUGCCCAGGAAAAGGCGCUCCUGCAGAUGGUAGAGGCGGCGGGCACAGUGGAAGAUGAUCCCCUGCGGCGGACGGGCCGGCCCUUUGGAGGGCUGAUCCGCGACGUGAAGCGCCGCUACCCCCACUACCUGAGUGACUUCCGCGAUGCGCUUGACCCGCAGUGCCUGGCGGCUGUCAUCUUCAUCUACUUCGCAGCCCUGUCUCCAGCCAUCACCUUUGGGGGGCUGUUGGGAGAAAAGACACAUGACCUGAUAGGGGUGUCGGAGCUCAUCAUGUCCACAGCGCUCCAGGGUGUGAUCUUCUGCCUGCUGGGGGCCCAGCCGCUGCUGGUGAUUGGCUUUUCUGGGCCGCUGCUGGUCUUCGAGGAGGCCUUCUACUCGUUCUGCAGAAGCAACGAGCUGGAGUACCUGGUGGGCCGGGUAUGGAUCGGCUUCUGGCUGGUGCUGCUGGCCCUGCUCAUGGUGGCCCUGGAGGGGAGCUUCCUGGUGCGUUUUGUAUCCCGCUUCACCCAGGAAAUCUUCGCCUUCCUCAUCUCCCUCAUCUUCAUCUACGAGACCUUCUACAAACUGGUCAAGAUCUUCCAGGAGCACCCCCUCCACGGCUGCUUGGUGUCCAACAGCUCUGAGGCAGACGGUGGCAAGAAUGCAACGUGGACUGAGGCAGCACCCACACUGGGGCCCAGCAACCUGAGUUCAGCCGGGCAGGCUGGGGCGGGGAGACCCCGGGGGCAGCCCAACACGGCCCUGCUGUCGCUGGUGCUCAUGGCUGGCACCUUCUUCAUCGCCUUCUUCUUGCGAAAAUUCAAGAACAGCCGGUUUUUUCCUGGCCGGAUCCGGCGGGUGAUUGGGGACUUCGGGGUGCCCAUCGCCAUCCUCAUCAUGGUGCUUGUGGAUUACAGUAUUGAGGACACCUACACGCAGAAGCUGAGCGUGCCCAGUGGAUUCUCGGUGACAGCCCCCAACAAGCGGGGCUGGGUCAUCAACCCCCUGGGGGAGAAGAGCCCCUUCCCUGUGUGGAUGAUGGUUGCCAGCCUGCUGCCCGCCGUCCUGGUCUUCAUCCUCAUCUUCAUGGAGACGCAGAUCACCACGCUGAUCAUCUCCAAAAAGGAGCGUAUGCUGCAGAAGGGCUCUGGCUUCCACCUGGACCUGCUGCUCAUCGUGGCCAUGGGUGGCAUCUGUGCCCUCUUUGGCCUCCCCUGGUUGGCUGCUGCUACCGUCCGCUCAGUCACGCACGCCAACGCGCUCACCGUCAUGAGUAAGGCCGUGGCACCCGGGGAUAAGCCCAAGAUCCAGGAGGUCAAGGAGCAGCGGGUGACGGGCCUGCUGGUGGCCCUGCUUGUGGGCCUCUCCUUGGUUAUCGGAGAUCUACUCCGGCAGAUCCCCCUGGCCGUGCUCUUUGGGAUCUUCCUGUACAUGGGGGUGACCUCCCUGAAUGGCAUCCAAUUCUACGAGCGGCUACACCUGCUGCUUAUGCCACCGAAACACCACCCGGAUGUCACCUACGUCAAGAAGGUUCGCACGAUGCGCAUGCACCUGUUCACGGCCCUGCAGCUGCUCUGCCUGGCCCUGCUCUGGGCUGUCAUGUCCACAGCGGCCUCACUGGCCUUCCCCUUCAUCCUCAUCCUCACGGUGCCGCUGCGCAUGGUGGUGCUGACCCGCAUCUUCACGGAGCGCGAGAUGAAAUGUCUGGAUGCUAACGAGGCGGAACCCGUGUUUGAUGAGCGUGAGGGCGUGGACGAGUACAACGAGAUGCCCAUGCCUGUGUAGCUGCCACCUGCAGGGACCGCUGAGGGCCCGAUGGGCCGAGGGGAUGGGGGCUGGUGGGAUGGGCCGCCCCCUCCCCUCCUCGUUUUUAUUUAAGUGAAUAAUUUAAAGUCCCCUUCCCCCACCCCCACAGUAAAGUGCUACGGCCCCCACCCA